GCACAUUCUAUUAUCUUGUGUGUGAAGUACUUAUUGUUAAAAGAAACGUGGCAUUGAAAAAUUAUUUAACAUUCGCAUGUUUAACAGACUGGUGCGUUUGCGGAGUGAUUAAUUUGGAUUAAUUAGAUUGAAUGCGGUGUGACAAAUUAUGAACAAUUUUUCGUUUAUGGCAAAAUAUUAAAAAGUAGUAUAGUCAAUCAGUUGCAAUGGUUAUUAAAGUGGAUAUGGGAUCACAAAGUCCAACCAUAAGUCGGUUGCGAUCAAUAACAUCACAGGUCAUAGCAUCAAUAUCUUCGUUUCUUCUCAUGCUGAAUUUAGGGAUGGCGAUUUUCUUUUCGACACUCAUGAUACCUGCUCUGCUUAAUGCUAAACAGGGGCUGUCACUAACUGAAACACAAGCGUCAUGGUUGGGUAGCAUGUCAUUCCUGGCACAGCCAGCUGGUGCAUUCAUGUCUAUUCCAAUAUUGGACUAUUUCGGCAGGAAAAAGGCUAACUUUAUUUCGAACAUUCCGGUACUAGCUGCGUGGCUUCUUGUGUACUUCUCGUGGAACCUACCGUCCCUCUUUGCUGGCAGUGCAUUAUUGGGCAUUAGUUUAGGGAUCAUGGAAGCGCCUAUAAAUUCCUACAUAGGAGAAAUUAGCGACCCGUCGAUUAGAGGGGCAUUAAUUACAGGAUCGACGUUCUUUGGAACUUUGGGUACUCUCAUCAUGUACUUUCUAGGCAUUGUGAUAGACUGGCGGAACGCUGCUCUUAUUAGCAUCAUUGCACCUGUAGCCUCUAUGAUUACGGUUUCGUUUGCACCAGAAACCCCAGUGUGGUUGCUAGCAAGAAAUCGUGAUAAAGAAUCACUAAAGUCUCUUUGCAAGCUUCGCGGUUGGACAACACCGGACAACGUUAAAGCCGAAUUUGAUGAACUAAAUGCCUACAGCAAGAAUUUGCUAAAGUGUGUUAUCUGUUGCAACACGAACCAAGAACAAAAGACAUGUGAACACGAAUCUAUGAACUGGUUCCACAGGCGCAUCCUUACAUUUAGAUACGUGAUGUUGUGCAAGGAAACCCUCAGACCGCUUUCACUUGUAAUUAUGUACUUUCUCUUCUACGUGAUGAGCGGCCUAGUACCUAUUCGGCCUAAUCUAAUCAAUGUGUGUGGAGCUUUAGGUAUGGCUCAGGAUGGCAAGCACAUUGCGUUCAUGGUCAGCGUCUUCACAUUAAUCACAACGUUUGUGGUCAUUGGCCUCAUCGAAGUGAUCGGGAAGAGAAAGCUUGCCAUCGGCUCCAUGCUUGGAAGUGCUGUUAGCUGUCUGCUUCUCAGUAUAUACGCUAAGAAAAACUUGGACAACACUGUGUUUUCAUACAAUCCAUCUACAUUUCCAACUGAGACUAGCAUAGUGCCAGUCAUUUUACUGUAUUUGCUGACGAUAUUCACUGGAAUGGGUAUACCGUGGGUUUUGCUUGGGGAAUUGUUUCCCUUUAGAAGCCGAGCUUCAGCCCAAGGAUUAUCAGCUGCUAGUAACUAUUUUUUCUGUUUCGUUGGAACCAAGACUUUCAUCGAUUUAGAAACCAAAUUCAUGCUCUGGGGAUCUUUUGCUGUAUACGCAGGCUUCGGCUUCUUCGGUGCUAUUUACUUGUACUUCUUUUUACCUGAGACCGAAGGGAAGUCGUUGCAAGAAAUUGAGGAAUUUUACAAAGGAGAACUGAGGGUUUUCGCUGACGAUGCAUUUAUAAAUAGAAUUAGAAAACUUAAGAGGUGACAUUGUAUAGAAUAUAAUUAGUUAAGGAAUUAUGUGAUGGGAUUGGAAUUAAGUAUGU